GGAACGAUAUCCGAGCUGGUAUGAAUGACGUGGCUUUUUGUUUUGAAUCUUUCCCUGGUGGAGUUUUCUGCUAAAACAGGUACAAGCUGCUGGACUACAGCUGUUACUUCAUUUAAAUAUUCACCUAAGGUGUGUGAAAAAUAGGAAGCAAGUAUGUCCAGUAGUGAUGAGGAGGGAGCAUAUGAGAGUGCAGAUGAAGGUGCGACUCUGGUUGCUACGGAGACUGAGGUGCAGAUAAAGAAGAAAACUGACUCAGCUGCAGAAUCUGGCAAAACUGUUGGUAGCAAAAACACUGAUAAGGGACCGUCUCAUGAUGUGAAACAAAAUAAUAGAACAGAUUCUGAGUCAGAGAAGAAGACUGUGGAAGAGGCAGAAAAUGAAAUGAAAACUGUGGAUGAGAUGGAUAAUGUUAAUAAAUCUAGUGACGCUACAGGUAAAAAUGAUGAGCUAGAGAAGGAUGAGAAAAAGGAUACGUUAGAUAUGAAAGAACCAGCGGAUAAUGUGAUCACAAAUGAAGAAAGAGCACCACCAUUGUCUACAGAACAAAAAAUCCAUAAUACAUUGGAUACAUUGGCUGACAAUGAAAGUGUAAGCGAUACUUGUACUUCGGCAGCAUCAUCAUCGUGGGGAGGAUGGGGGUCCUCAUGGUUAUCCACAGCAACAGCAUCUGUGUCUUCAUUUACACAAAAAGCAGGUGAAAGCUUAACCACGAUGAUGGAAAAUGUGGAAGCACAGAUGGGUGUGCCAGCUCCAGAAGAUAUCAUUGAAGAAAACAAAGACCAUGUUCAAGAAAGUAAGAUGUCAGAUGAACAGAAAGAUGUCCGAAGUAAAGAAGCAGAUCCUUCCAGUGGGAGUUCUUCUGGUGAUGGAGAUGGUGGAUUCUUUGCUGCAUUUGGAGUAACCGCAAUUACAAGUGUUGUUGAAAGAACUGUGACAGGUGGUAUAGAAGCACUUGAAAAGAUUGGAAAAAAGACAAUGGAUGUGUUACAAGAAAGCGAUCCAGGGUUGAGGAAAAAAAGAAAAUAUUUUAAAGAAGUCACCAUGGGAGAUAAAGUUAAUUUAUCAAUGCUAUUGAGGGAAGCCAAAGAGGAAGCGGAAAGGCAAAAUAAGGAGCAACAUGAAGAGGAAGAACAAAAGAAAGCUCACUUUGGAUUAUUAUUUGAUGAGUAUCAAGGUCUUGCCCACUUGGAAGCGCUGGAAAUGUUAUCCAAUCAGAGUGAAAACAAAGUUCAAACUGUGUUGGGAUCUCUGUCUGGAGACGACUUAGAAAGUUUGAAAACUGAGUUAAUUGAAAUUAAAGACGCUUUUCAUUUGGAUGACAUUGAUGAAAACCAAGAGCAGCUUAGUGAUGAGGAGUUUGUUCAUGCCAUCACAGAACAUCUCUUUAGUCUGAGUAUUGGAGCCACGCCAGAUAAACUUAAACAGAUACAAACAAAAGCACAUGAUUGGUUGACACUCUGUACAAAGGAUUUGGAAGAGAAACAAAAAAGGGAACCAAAGGAUAUACAUAUGGUAGCUAUUCAAACAUUGGCCGAAUUGACUGCUAAGUCGAUUGAGCAGUUUCACAAAGCAUCUGAGUUAAUGCUGUUACAACAGGUGAAAGGUCAAGAAAAGAAACCGAUAGAACGGGCAAUGAGUCUAUCAAAGUUGACAUCAGCGCUGUGUUCUGAAGUGGCGGUGUUAUCAACUAAGUUUGGAGAAUGCCUGAACAUCUCCGCUGAAUGGUGCGAGAAUCCAUCAACCGUCAAUCCAUUCAUAACUAACGUAUAUCUUGAGGCAUCAAACAGUGCUUCAUAUAUUCAAGAUGCAUUUCAGCUUGUUUUGCCCAUUCUACAAAUUGUUGCUAUGGAAACCCAAAAUGCAAAGCACUAGUUGUGAAGAGAUUGAAUCCUUUAGCAAUAAAGACAUUGGAAAUCGUGUUGUACCCAUAGUAAAACCAUGGACAGAAUCCUACAACUUUGUCUUGUGCAAAUUAAUAUUAAGUUUUGUGAUAAAUGACACACAAUGUGCUACACAUAUUCAUUGAACUUGUCAUAGUGUAUGCCAGUACUCAUGCCAGUCACAUUUAUCUGAAAUUAAAUUGUUAGUAGCACAUUUGCUUAAUACAUAAGAGGUGUGUCUAUGGUCAAAAUAAGUCUUAUUUUAAUAAUUCAGUACACAAUAAAUGCAAUUUUUGUUAUGUGUGCUUCUAAUAGAGAUGCAUGUCUAAUAGAGCAGACACAGAAUAAUUUACAUGACAAUAGACAAUUACAUGUGUAAUACAUAAUAAGUGUGGGUCAUAACUACAGCACAGUGCUAUGACAAUACCGCCGAGUGCUUUCUUUCUUGUAAUGGAAAUGAACAUUGGGAUCUACAAAGAAACAACAGUUAUUGAUCUGUAUUGGAUUAUUUGAGUUCCGUGUCAUCCUCUGCCUCCAAAUAAAUUUUUUUUGUGGUGCAUUCAUGAAACAGUUGGUUGUCUCAAGAAAGAAAUAAUGUUGCAAAUUUACCAUUUGUUAGUUUGUUGAAGCAGUAAUACUCCUAAAAAAUAGGAUAUCACCUUAUUCUGGUAAAAUAUCGCAAAUAUUACAAUAAUGUUGGCCCGAUGGGAAAUCAGAGACACUUCAUGUUUUUUCCAAAAUAUAAACUUUCAAAUGCAAAUCAGUUUUAAUAUGUAAUCCUUCCAACUUUUUUUUAUUAUAAAUUGUUAAUGAGGUAUACAAGGAUAACACGAGUGAUGUAUUGUUAUUAUUUUCUGAUAAUUAUAUUUCACAGUGAAAAGUUUUCAUGAUCAUGGACAUUGUUUGAGGUAACGUGGGUUCAGAGAUAACUGGGAUUUGCCUUUAAUUAUUAACAAUCACAUUUCAGGGGUCAUGUGGGCUCAGAGAAGACUGGGAUUUGCUUUUAAUUGCCACCAAUCUCACUUUGGGGGUCAUGGUGGUCCAGAGAUCAAAAUCUGGGAUUUGCCUUUAAUUUUCAACAGUCUCACUUUGAGAUUAUGUGGGUUCAGAGAAGACUUGGAUUUGCCUUUAAAUUGCCACCAAUUUCACUUCAGGGUCAUGAGAGUUCAGAGAAGAAGAAUAUAUCUGUAAAUUGAUUGAUGAGAAUUCAAUCCCAUACAAAUAAUUUUGUCUAUAUAUGUUGAGAUGAUAAAUUAUUUUCCUAUUCAUCGCAUCAUAUUGAAAAAAUAAGAAAGUUAGAUUGAGUUAUAUAAUUAGACGUACUGUAGUAUUGAAUGGGAAAAUUAUUUGUUGUACGAUGUUGAAGUGUGGAAAAAGAUAUUUCAUCUACCACAGGUGUACACGCAAAAUUAUUGCCAUUAAUUCUGAUUAUCUGUUCUAUACAGGCUUUGAUGCUGAUUUUUAAAAAAAUGUUAAGGGUUUGAUUUUGAAAUUUUUCUUUAUAUAAAUAAUAGUGAAUUGGAUCACACUGUAUUUAAAAUAAAAUGUAAUAUUAUUUACAUUGGACCAAGUUUCUGGUUUUCCAUUCUUAUAUUUUUGGAAUUGCAGGUAUUUUAUUAUAUAAUCAGUAUCCAAUAAAAGUUCGGUUUUUAGAGUUUUAUUUUUACCUGAGGUAGACUAUGCUAUAUAUACAGUGUAACAAGUUCUACUUGACAUUAGGAUAAUACAUCAUUUAUAGUAAUGAAAUGAGUAUUAUUAGCUAUUUUUAUCCAGAAUAAUGGAGAGUCAAACAGAAAUGAAUGAGAUGUAUUUCCAACUGUAUUUCAUUUUAUGUCAAGUAAUAAAUGCAGUUGCAGGGUUCACAAGAUAUCUGGGACGGAAGCUUUUUGUAAAUGGGCAAUUAUUACCGGUACCAAGCAUUUCUGUAGAUUUAUUAAUGAUUGAGUUUUCAGUGUCCAGGCACACAGGAUUUUAUCUUAGAGUCUCAGGGGAUAAGUAUGUCACAAAUAGUGUUCAAGCUAGCAUCCUGUUUUUCAGCAAGCCUCACAUCUCUACAAUAAAUAAUCAUGUUAUAGCAAGCUCUAUUCUAUAGCUUAGAUGCUGUUUAUUAGAUUUGCAUCAAACAUGGGGUUAGAAAUAGACCCAUUAAAAAUAACCUUAUUUGGUCAAGUCAAUGUAAAAGUACUUGUGGCGGGUAGGAUAACAAAAAUAAUGCAUUAUAUUGUAUAUAUUACUACAUGUAUAUUGUAUUUGAUAUCAAUGAUAAGGCUAUUAAAUACCAAUUCUAUAGUAUUGAAUAAAUUUA